AUGAGGCCACCUCCACCCGACUUCUCAACUCCCCCGGGGACAUUCCGUCUGCUUGGAGAGGAUGGACAAUUCGAGCAGACUCGGAUCUUGCCACACCCGGCACCGUCUGAGGAUCCAAAUGAUCCUCUGAACUGGACUUCUGCUAGGAAGGCCGCCAAUUUUAUUCCCAUCCUCGCUAUCACGGCCGCGAUAUUCACUCAAACCUCCUUGCCUCUGAUCUUCUGGGUGCUCUGGGUCCCCGAAUUCAACUGGACUUAUGCCCAACUCAACAACUCACAAGCUAUUGGCCUCGUCGGAACAGCCACGGGCUGCAUCUUCUUCAUUCCUCUGGCCAUCAAAUAUGGCCGUCGUUCAGUCUAUGUGGUGUCAAUUGCAGUCAUCGUCGCUACAGCCGCCUGGCAAGCUUGUAUGACCACCAUCAUAGACUUGUACCUAUCGACUUUCAUAUUCGGCCUUGCCAAUGCCAUCAACGAGACGAUCGUCCAGAUGACAGUCGCUGACCUAUUUUUCGUCCAUCACCGCGGCACGGCGAAUGGUGCGUACAUGGUGAUGGUUAUGAUUGGGAGCUUCCUCAGCCCCAUAGCCGGUGGGUAUAUGGCAGAAGGUGGCAACUGGAGGCAGUGUUUCUGGGUUCUCUUUGCCGUGGAGGGCGCUUUGUUCGUCUACUUCUGCCUCUUCUACGAGGAGAGCAAAUACAUUGUGCGCAUCGAAGCUCUGCGGCAAGACAGCCCGGAACCCAGCUCAAGUCCCGUUUCAAAGAAGGGUAUCGAAUCUAACAAGCAGCCACAAACUUCCUCCGCUUCGUCAAAUGCCCCCGAUUCGCAAACAAACGUCGUUGACCCAAAUAUCCCUUUGCUUUCUUGGCGCCAAAAACUGCAGUUUAUCACAAAGACUGACGAGAGUCUCUGGAAAUGCACAUAUACUCCUUUCAUUGUGUUGUUUCGAUUCCCUGCGGUCAUGUACACGGCCAUUCAGUAUGCAUUUUCCCUCUGCUGGAUUUCCGCCCAAGCCUCGGUUAUUUCGAUUGCAUUUUCAGCCCCUCCUUACAACUUCGGUCCCGCCGGCAUUGGCAAUAUGAGUUUGGGUGUCUUUAUUGGCUGUAUUAUUGGGUCCGUUUAUGGUGGUCUCCUGUCGGAUCGAACAGUCCUGUGGUUCGCUCGUCGAAACUACGGGUAUUUUGAGCCAGAGAUGCGGCUUCAUUUGCUUCACUUCCCUGCGGUAUGCCUUGGCGGCGGCAUGAUCAUGUUUGGAGUGACCACACAAAGGGGAAUGCACUGGAUAUAUCCAAGUCUGGGAGGCGCCAUUUUUGGGUUUGGAAUGGGCAGUAUCAGCGAUAUUGCGCUUUGUCUCCUGAUGGAUAGCUAUCAAGUGGUCACAGGCGAGGCGUUUGUUGCUGUUACCUUUGUCCGAAAUUGCGUUAGCAUUGCCAUCUAUUUCGCGCUUGUUCCGUGGAUGGAUGCGCAGGGCUUGCAGAACAUGUUCAUCGUCAUGGGCAUCUGGGGAAUGGUAGUGGGAUUCUUACAUGUUGCUUUCAUAUUGUGGGGCAAACGAUUCCGCGAGAACACGGCGCCAAUGUAUGAAAUGAUGGCCAAGGAGAGAGAGGGCUCUCGUAUAUGA